UAAAAAGUCACGGUAAGGCGUUGUUCCCUUACAAGGUAAGUUUAAUUUGCAACGUUAAGGAAAGAUUCAAUUCGGGUGUCGCAUGCACUGGGGAAAAAAAGGCUGAGAUCCAUUUCUUAGUCGAAUCUUAAGCCGUGUCAAUUUGCGCAAGUCGAAUGCUAUACGACUGAGCUGAAGUAGACUCUUGGAAGGUUCAGGCAGUUUCGUGGGUUCGCUUGUGGACAUAAACUGCGUUGUUUUAGCAUCUGAAAUUUCAAAAGAAUCCGGAUUUUGUAAGACUUUCAUUUGGUUAUAACGAAUCACUAUCAAACUGGUCCCGCUAAAAACCUUCUGAACGUGAGGUCAUAUCUAGUGUUCGCAUGUUUAAUUUCAAGAGCUUUCAGAUGGCGUUAGGGCUCUAUUUUCGUAUCAACUAAUCGUUAACAAAAUGAUUUCUCAAAAACCUAAUUUCUAACUCGGAAAGGGAUAUGUCUAAGAUACGAAUAUCAUGCUUUUGAUUGAUUGUCGGCCAACUCGAUUCAGCUGUAGAGAAGCUACAUUUAUUUGAUCAGAAGCACAUUGUUUUAUUACUCCGGCCCAGGCCCGUAGGGCCUGGGCCAGGAGUUAUAAAUUCGGCUCGAUUUGUAGUUUUCGACACAAAUCUGCAUUCUUGCGCAAUAUUGUGACGUAAUCCCAGUGCGCUUUGCAGGCGAGUUUUUCCAUUUGACAGGCUCGUGUUUCUGUAUCGUGCUCAAGCUCACGUUUGUUCAAUUCGUUCAAUCCGCUCAAGCUCACGUUUGUUCAAUAAAAGGCACUGGACGUAGCCGUUCAUUCCUGGCUAAAGGUAAGCUGUCUUGUGUAUUCUUUGUUAUUUUGAGUUGUGCUGUAGCUUUUUUCCAAACACUGCAACAUUCUCUCACCGUCGAAAACAAAUAAAGGUUGAAUGCCAAUGAAUGCCUUGAUACCUUGAAUGCCAAACUUACGAAAGUACACUGAAUGCCUGAACAAGAAUCGGGAUUAAGCUUAAACUAAAAUGCACUACUUAGAACCUGAAUGCCAGAAUUCCUAUGUAAACAACUUAGAAGUGAAUAAUGGCCGUAAUUGUUGUUGCCCAGAGUCUACAUUUACAUCUGUACCUGGCAAAGACAAAUCUAUUUCAAUAGAGGGCUGUAGAUCUCGAUAUGCCGAGUUUAUCCAUUGUCAUUGUGUCAAGGCUAGCUGCCAUACAGUUCGACGUGAUCGUGAACCAAGCAGAAUUCCAGUGAAACGGCUCACUCGUGUUUUUAAAAAAAGCAGGAAAAUAAGGAGGCUAGUGAAAAAACACAUCAUCAAAAAUAUACCGCGGUCAUCUCGAAUUCAUAUUUAUAUUACAUUUAGAAGUGCUCGUCCAACUGUUGAUUUUAGUUAUAACACCCAUAUGUUUCAGUGGAGAUCUGGACACAAGGUUAAACCAAGAAAAAAGCGAGUUUUCGCAUCUCACUUUGCUAUAGCAUCACGCAGAAGAAACCAUAAGACUACUAACCUGAAGUUUAAGGUUAAGGAAAAUUGUAGAUUUCCAAAGGCAGUAAGUAAAGAUAUUUUAAAAGAAUCACGUGUUUAUAAAAAUUGAAUCAUAGGGUAAACUAUUGCCAAUCACUCCUUUGCAGAGAUAUAGAAAAAAAUCCAGGCCCUGUCUCUGUUGUUCCCUCUCAAACACUUCAUGCACCAUAUUGUCAAGGUAAUGUUGCAGUGUUUGGUCAAAAUGCUGGACAGCAAUGUUCAGCCAUGUCUUUAUGUAGUCUAAUAUACAAUGACAAGAAGUCAAUUACUUCUGCAGAAGACUUGGUUGAAAUUAUGAACAUUGGUAACAAACUGUAUUCUAGUCUAUCGACCAUAUCCAGAAACUCUUUCUUGAUGUUAACAGAGUUACCUUCAAUGAUUAUGGUGUUUGACACUAAUUAUCACCUCCAAUAUAGUGAAAGUUAUACUUGUAGGUUACAUGCGAACAGCAAUUAUUCAAUUGAAGGCUUUCCUUACUGCAUGCCUCUGGUUAGUGCUUUGCAAACUUUAAUUGCAGAAACCUAUAACUCAUUCCUUUUGACAAUACAGAUUAAUACUGUAGCAAUUUAUCGUACUUUACAUGGUGCAUAUAAGGUAUUUGAUUCCCAUGCUAGAGAAUCAUUUGGUUUGGCCCAUCCUCAAGGAACUUGUGUUUUGUUGCAUUUCCAGGAAAUGAAUAAAUUAGUGGAAUAUUUUCAGAGUUUAUAUACUAAUGAUGCCAUAUUUGAGCUGAAAGGUUUAAACAUUUCUGUAUCAGAAAUUGGAGUUCAUGAUCAUAACAAGCCAUUUUCAUCAGAAGAUCAAAAUGUAACUUGUCAGACAGCUGCUGUUAAUGAAGAUAUCACUAUGGAAAUUGAUGCAAAUAUUAGUCUUUUAAAAAGAGUUGUGCCAUAUGCUUUUAUUGUGUUUGUUUUUCAAUUAUUAAACCAUGUAGUUAUUGGAAGUCAUUUACAUUAGAAGCUGUUGUUGAACAUGGAAAUAUAUUUUAUAAAGAAAACCUUGACACCAGUAACCAGUUCACAAUUGAUGGGUUACCACUUAGGCUUAAGAUCUAUGAUGCUGAUGUAGAUGUGAAAUACAGUUCAAAACAUCAAGGAAUCUUUUCAUGUAGUUCUUUGUCCAGCAAACUAGUACUUCAGAGGUUAAUUUUAGACAACAAAAAUGUGAAUACUGGAUUUCUUCUAUGGCUCUCUGGUUACUGUCUAAGUUGUGUAAUCAUGAAUCUAUCUCCCCAUAUUAGGAUUUUGUUCUUAAUACUAUAGUACACUAUACUUACAAUGCACAGGGUUGGACAUUAGCUAGCUCCCCCCCAUUCCCAGACGAGUGUCAAAACAUCUAAAGCAAAUACAAAUUUUAGAUUUUUAUUGCAUUAAAUAUCAUUAAAGACACUCGCCACUUGCUGUCAAAAUUACGUGUAAGUUUCCAUCCCUAAUGAUGCAUUCUAACCAUAAUAACAUCUUUUAGUACCCUCCUUCCAAUAAGCACCCCCAUUAUGGAAGUACUUCCCCUUGACUGUCGUCUUGUUAUUCCAAUAACCAAAAUGAUUUACUACCAUGAAUGGACUGUCACUAGAUUAUGACAUUUAAUAACAACCAUUCCUCAAUCACAACAUUUCAUUUUAUUUUCAGGUCAUACAGCAUCUCUUCAAAUGGCAGGAGCCAAAACCCAAGCCAACAGAACAAGACAUAGUAAAUCUACUAAGCACUAAGUUCACACUGAGAGUGGAUCUCGACCGAAAAAUAUUGGAACACGCUGCACCAGCAGACACCGACACUCACCCUGAGCCAGAAGAAGAAGAAUCAAACUCCAAAAAAGUUAAAACAGCUUAAGUAACUUGAUUUAGAACAGUGGUCUUGAUUUUAUUCUCUUAACACAGACACAAGAUCAUCUAAUAACAUGUUUGAAUAUCAAAGUACUUGGUUAAUGUAAAGUAUUUCAUUAAUGCCUUACCAAAUUGUUAUCACAUUUUAUUUGUUGUUUUACAAGAGAUUCAUACAUUUAUGAAAUGAAAAAAAAGUUAAAACAGCUUAAGUAACUUGAUUUAGAACAGUGGUCUUGAUUUAUUCUCUUAACACAGACACAAGAUCAUCUAAUAACAUGUUUGAAUAACAAAGUACUUGGUUAAUGUAAUGUAUUUCAUUGAUGCUUUACCAAAUUGUUAUCACGUUUUAUUUGUUGUUUUACAAGAGAUUUAUAUAUUUAUAAAAUGAAAAAAAAAAAGUUAAAACAGCUUAACUAUCUUGAUUUAGAACAGGGGUCUUGAUUUUAUUCUCUUAACACAGACACAAGAUCAUCUAAUAACAUGUUUGAAUAACAAAGUACUUGGUUAAUGUAAAGUAUUCGAUUCAUGCUUUACCAAAUUGUUAUCACGUUUUAUUUGUUGUUUUACAAGAGAUUUAUAGAUUUAUAAAAUGAAAAAAAAGUUAAACAGCUUAAGUAACUUGAUUUAGAACAGUGGUAUUGAUUUUAUUCUCUUAACACAGACCCCCGGGGCUCCGGGGACAUGGGAGCUGUUUGAAAUAGCAAUUCCAGCCUUCUGAGAGAAAUUUCCAGUCAAAACACCAUCAUCACCCACCCCCAACUGGGGCUCAACGAAGGGAUGCCCCACCCCUUUGCGAAGGUUCAAAACUUGCUGAUACACCCCCCUUUUCCUCCACCGCACCCCCAAUACUUUUUUACAAGUCCCUAAAGACCCAACAGGACAAAAAACCCUCAAAUUCCAACACAAAUCUGAUAAUACUCCAACAGCUCAUUGUUUAUUGUCAUAUAUACACACAUUGUUUAAGAAUCAAUCCCCCCCCCACCCAAACAUCCACCUCUAAAAUGGCCGGAGUGAACGCUCAACAGGCGUCUUGUUUUUAAACAUUCAUGUACUCGUGUUUGACGACACUUUCAAAACAUCUACUUCGCGCAAGAAAAGCCUGAAAAUCAAAGCGAAUAGUUUUCAAUCUGGAUCGUUGAUGCAAUAUAAAGCCCUAUAAUCAAAGUUACCUCCAUUAUUGCCUGAUAAGGAAGUAAAUUAAAGAGACUGAGAGCUAGAUUUAUGGUUGGGGAACAAACUACUACUAAACAUCGUUUUAUAUUUUGUUAUCAAAUUUGUUUUAAUUGUGUCUUAAACCAUUUGUUGAAAGCGUGUUGAUUAAAGAUUUCUAAUUUCUAACAUUGUCACAGGAGAAGUAAAUAUUCCAUUUGAAAGCCUUUCUCGAAACUUUACUAAUAUUGCUAUAAAAAAAAAAUUCACUUCCAGAUUUUAUAAUCUGGAUAUAAUGAUUUUGAGCUCGGACGCAAAUAUAAUGUAAUUCACAUAACAGCUCGAAUCUUUAGAUUCAAAGUAAUUCGGCAUAAUUGUUUUUGACAGUUUGCAAUAUAUAGAGUUUAGAAAAUCUAUCCUUUUUUAUCUUCUGUCCACCUCAAGAAUACUUUGACUACCAAAAUAACUUACCAAUACUUCUUCCUAAUACUAGUACAAUUUAUUUCUUGGAAUGUGCUGAUGUUAACCCACCAAGUGUGCGAGGCGGACAUUAAAAGUUCUCUGAAACUCGAUCAACUAUUAAGGCAAUAAAUUUUAAGAGAGAGAAAAAUAGAUCUCAUGGCUUUAAUUCUCACCAAUGAAAUCAAAGAAAGGAUAACUUGCUUUCUUAAAUAGCACAAUGUCCGCUGAAUGUCUUUGAUAUGAUCUCAAACAUUUGACAAAUAUGAAAUUAUCCCAUUAAUUUUAUGAGAGGGCUUUUAAGCCUUUCCAUAGAUAACACGUUUGAUUAUGAAAGCAUUUCGGCGGAAAUUCCACAAACUUUUGUUAAAUAGUGAAACAAUAUUCCCAAGUAUCUCGAAAAAAUCCUUAAGAUAUUUUGUUUUGAUUUGUUUUGUUUUUUGUGUUGAAAUUGAGCUGAUUCCCUUUGGCCAGAUAGCCACUUUUGGGAAUUAAAAAUGGUUGGUAAAACUCUCUGCAUAAGUGUCUCGUUGAUGAGGGAGAAGGGGAUUUAUACGCUUUGGAAUUCUUUGUAAAGUUGCGUCGCCCGCUUCUCUUGACUCCUCCUCAAUCGUUGUAGCCACAACACGGACGAUAACAAUAUUGAGCAAAGCGAGGGUGAUGGCCUCUUUCAGAAAUAAUCUAACAUGGUGGUAUAUUAUCUUAUUGGUAACCCAAAAGGUCUUGGUUUUCUCGCUUUAGAGUCAGGCUUCAAACCUAAGUUUGAAAUAUUUAUAAAGUUGCAAAUAAUUACAUUGUACACUUAAUAUCACCAGAGCUCAAGUACGCCUAAAGCUGAGUUGUGUUCAGGAUGCAAAAUCGUUGGUUGUUGUUCAGCGCCCUGAUGAUUCUUUUACAUCUCGGUGGGUAUGGCAACAGAAUGUUGGACGCCGCAGACGGACCACCUCCUUACCCUGAUUGUGUAUCUGCUGCAAUGCAAGUGGAGGAACAAACCAAAGGUCACCUCAGUGUCUCCAAACUCAUUGUAGGCGAUGUCAUCCGGGGUAUCAAGGGAGCAGAACGGGCCCCUGCUUGGUGCGAAGUUAAGGCUCUCUACCCUUUACCACGUAAUGGGACCCGCACCACUUACGACGGCUUCACAGAUACUCACAUGGUCGUGGAUGGAACAGUUCACCAGUACGGUGUGCGCGAGAAUGGAACAGUACGCAUAGGUCCCGUGUACACGCUUACCACCGACUGUGAUGCGUCUGUGAAUUCAGCUGGCCAGGCCUUCACUCCUAUCAACAACGGGCUCUGUCCUUUUGAGCUGAGCUGGGGCGAGUACCUUACUCUGAUUGCCGCCAUUCGACGAGUCGCCAAUCGAACUGGAUACUUCUGGUUUGACUUGAGCGCCUACCACAACAAUGACAGCGCCAUGGUGCCGUAUUGGGGAAGGCAGCUACCUGCAAUAUGCCGCGGUUUUCUGCGAUGUGCUCGUGAGGACCAGUGCCAAGAGUUUGAGACCAUCAUGGAGCAGUUCGUGCACAAGUAUCUUAACAAAGAAUACUUGGAGAUCGUUAAACGCGUUUUUCCCAACAUGGGUGGUGAUGUAAACAAGGAGCAAAGUGGAACCAUUACAGAAGUGGCCCGUCCAGAAAAAAAGAAGAAUUACUUGGUGCUGUUUACUGCCGUGGGCGGCGCCGUGCUGGCACUCGCGAUCAUCAUGGCCGCGAUCUUGAUGUACCGCGGACGAAAGAUGAAGGAGAUGGCAGUAACCAAGCCAGAACCCAAGAUUACCAGCCAUACCCCCGCAUAA